CAGUGCUUUACAGCUCAACGAAAAGGUAUUGCUUGCAAACAAAGAAAUGGUAAGACAAAAUAAAAAAAUAAAUUUGUCAUCAAAAAUAAAUACAAAAUGUAAAACAUUCACUUAAAGUAAAUAUACUCUAAUUAUGAGCAUCUGGUGAGGUGUUCUGGGCAUGCUCAGCAGGUAGAAGGUCCUGGGGCAGACCUAGGACAAGCUGGAGGGAUUAUGUCUCACAGCCGGUGGAACGGGAAGAGGUGGCUGGAGACCGGGAAGUCUGGACUUCCCUGCUGAAACGGCUUCCUCAACGACGAUAAGCGGAAGAUGGAUGGAUGGAUGGUAAAUAAAAAUGAGCACCUAUCUAUCGAGCUCUCUCUCUCCCCCUCUCUCUCUCCCUCGACCUCUCCCUCUCCCACACCCCCUCCCACCCUCAAAACAGAAAAGAAAAUGCAGUGGGGGGAGUCUCCACACAGCAUCCUCCCGGCCCUCCCCUCGCUUUCUGAGCCCAGCAGGAAGUUUCACUGCUCGGUUGUGACUUUUGUUUGGAGCCGCUCGGCGGGAGGUGCAACCCUCAGCUAGCCGGGCGACAUGGCUUGAACGGCGGACGCCCCUGGGCUCUCACGUUUCGGAAAGGUGGUGGAAGGUCAUGGUAACGCCGGUUCUUUUGGAGUCCUUCAACGGGUUCUUUUAUGAGAUCCUUGCUCGAGGAGGAGAACGGGGAUCAGCAUGGCAAACGUCAAAGUGGCUGUUCGAGUUCGUCCACUUAAUGCACGGGAAAGUACAGAUGGAGGACGGCUGGCGGUUCAGGUGGAUGACAAGUUUGUGAGGAUCCAAAAUGUCAAGGUGUUCCAGGACUUGGGUGUGUCGGUGCUGGCCGGAGCUUCCGAGGGAUACAACGUGUGUCUGUUUGCUUAUGGCCAGACGGGAUCGGGAAAGACUUACACCAUGAUGGGAACACCGGACUCCACUGGUUUGACUCCUCGCAUCUGUCAGGGCCUGUUCAGGUCUCAGGAUACACUUCCCGACGGGCAGAACUCGAGCAGAGUAGAGAUCAGCUUUUUGGAGAUCUACAACGAGCGAGUCCGAGAUCUGCUAGGAGGUGGUGAGCAGAAGAAGAGAGCCUCGCUGAGAGUCCGAGAGCAUCCCGAGAAAGGUCCCUAUGUGCAAGACCUGUCACAGCAUGUGGUGUCAGACAGUAAGCAGGCCAUGGACCUCCUGGAGGCAGGCAUCGCCAACCGCAUCACGGCGGCGACCCACAACCAUGACGCCAGCAGCCGCUCCCACGCCAUCUUCACCAUCCAGUACACUCAGGCGAUACUUGAGAGUAACCGUCCCUCAGAAACUGUCAGCAAGAUCAACCUGGUGGACCUGGCUGGAAGUGAGAGAGCAGAUCCCAACUACUGCAGAGACAGACUAACAGAGGGCUCCAACAUCAACAAGUCGCUCGUCACGCUGGGCAUCGUCAUUUCUGCACUCGCCCAGAACUCCCACAUGUCCAGCAGCUGCCAGAGCAUCAACAGCACGGCGUCCGAGGGUGACUGCAGCACGGUGGGCAGCCACAGCAGCUCCUUGUCUGGAGGAGGAGGGAGGAGACACUGCUUCAUCCCCUACAGAGACUCCAUCCUCACCUGGCUGCUGAAGGACAGCCUGGGGGGAAACUCCAAGACCAUCAUGAUCGCAACCGUCUCGCCCUCUGCUAACUGCUACAACGAGACCCUCAGCACCCUGCGCUACGCCGCCCACGCCAGGAACAUCGUCAACAAGCCUCGGGUGAACGAGGAUGCCAACGUGCGCCUCAUCAGGGAGCUGAGGGAGGAGAUCGACAGGCUGAAGAGUAUGCUGCUCAGCUUCGAAAUGCGAGACCCCAGUCCAUCCCUGAGCGAUGAGAGGGAGGGAACGCUGUCUGACAUCGUGCUGCAGAACGAACUGAAGGUGGAGCAGCUGACCAAGGACUGGUCUGAGAGCUGGGGGGACAAGAAGGAGCUGCUGGAGCAGUACAGCGUCGAUAUCAACGGAGACCGAGCCGGCUUCCUUAUCAACUCGCUCCAGCCUCACCUGGUGGCCCUCGACAGAGAUGUCCUCAGCACCGGCGUCGUCUUCUACCACCUCACGGAAGGAGUUACCCGCAUUGGGCCAAUGGACCAGUUUGAAGAACCACAAAUAGUUUUGCAGGGCACAGCCAGCUGUGACGUCGAAAAUGACGGCGGCGUGGUUACGCUCAGACCGCUGCCGGGUUGCGUCUGCCUGAUUAACGACAGGGAAGUCACCGAGCCCUGCAGGCUGGCGCAAGGAAUGGUCAUCACCUUGGGAGGGGUUCAGAAAUUUCGCUUCAACCACCCAGAGGAAGCGGCCGUCCUUCGGGAGCGCAGGCGGGGAAGUGAAGGUGGCAUGACCUGCAGCUACAUUGACCUCUGCCAUCUAACCCCUGACCUAAGCAAAGAGGGUGACCAAGCAAAGCUCCUAGGGCAGCCGGCAGCAUGUUUGUUCCCUGGCGAGGGGUCCUCUUCCAGGCAGCGCUUGGAGGAGCAGCAGCGCUACGUGGAGAGUUUGCGCCAGGAGAUUUGUUCUGAGCAGAGGCGGGCUGAGAGGGAGCUGGAGAGGGAGCAGGCUCACAUUCGGCAGCAGCACAGUGAGAUCCACCAGUGGAUACUGCAGGAGAAACAUCAUCUCUUGGACGUGGAGCAGAAAGUCACCCAGGAACUCGGAGUUCAAACAGACCCCCUUCUGGAGCAGCUGGCAAGAAUUAUGUCCGACUCGCAGACUUCGAAUUGUCCAUCCAUGGUUGUCGGGGCCAGGAAGAAAGCCGUCCAGGAGGAGUUACUGAAGCAUCACGCCCUGUGUCGCGCCGAGAGACGCCUCCACCGGAAAAAGCUGCAGUUCCAGCUGGAGCGAAUCGCCCGGAAGCGCCAUCUGUUGGAAGCAAAGCGGGAACUGCAGCGUCUGGAAAAGGCCUUGCCCCCUGGACCAGACAGCCCAGAGUGCCCCCCAGUGAAGCUCAAGGAAUUUGUUUCUCGGAGAUAUUCCUUCUCAGCUGACCUUGUGUCCCGCCUCUACCCACAGUACACCCCAGUAUUCAGACAUUUCCUCAAGAGGAAUAAAUCCACAGAGCUGACUUCAAACUCAUCCCCUGAAUGUGUAAGCAGCAGGAAGUGGGUUUCGGACGAGUGCCUCCCUCGGGAAAGGACCAAGAGUUGUUCUGGGGCUCUCCCCUCCGGCCUAAAUCAAGGAAGAGGGAGAUCUUCUGAAAACUUAGCACUGACAAGCAAGGAGGAGACACCUGAUUACGUACGCAAAGCACUGUUACCGCAGAGAGACUUGUCUUUUAAGAGCAGAUCAGACACAAACCCAUCCGUUAUGCCAAAGUUACCUCUGCGACUCCCUGUGCAGCCUCUUGGCAAAGAAAAUGUAGCAUCCAAAACAAACAUACCAAGCUUUUCAAGCCGAUCCCACUCAGGUGACAAAACACAAGGGCUCACUAGUUCUGUGACGCCCAGCUUAAAAGCAGCUAUGUCCAAAAUUUUUGGAAAACAACCCACAGAUGAAGGGAGUCAGUUUCACGAGAGGCAGCUGAGAGAUACAAGCCACGAAGAUAUUGGCAUGAUGAGCGGAAGUAGCAUUAAGACCGCCGUUUCGUGCGAGGAGCUUGACCAGAAGAGUCCCAUUGAGGGUAACGGGCAGCGGCGGUGGCACAGCACUGAGGCCCUCAUGAUUAAGACCAGCAAAUGUGUGAAGAGACAGCAGGGAUUUGUCAAAUGUGAGGAAGGCGAAUUUGAAGCAGAGGAAGGAGUUUCAGACUCUGAGAGUCUUUUCUCUCUUGAUUCUUUAUCCUCAGCCUAUGCAACUGCUCUUGCAGAGCAGCUGAGAUGCAGAGAGGCGGCUCACAGUGAGGCUGAGAGCGAAGACAGUGAAAUGUCCAAAGACUCUCUGGCUGUGGAGAGCAGACGGGAGAAGUACUUUGCCGGGAUGAACUUUUGCCAAAGAGUAGUUCCAACGUACUCGCUGGUGACUGAUGCCCCUCACUCCUCCGUGGGACAGUAUGGCAGCUGUCAAAAACCAAAGAUCAUCACUGCAGAGAUGCACUGGAACCAGCAAGCCUCCCCUAACACAAGACCUGAAACCUCUGUAGUAGAACAUUUGAGAGGCAGAGAUGUUGUGCAAAAGUCGACUGAAGGUAACGAGUCUGAAAACCUGUUGCCGCUUACAGAUGCUCAGUUUGUCAGUGCUACAGUGGACAGUCCCGGGAUCUGCAAACAUUCAUCAGAUUCAUGCCGAGGGAAAGAAAACAGUGACAGCUCCAGCCCUGUCAGGGUGAGCCUCUCAUAUGCUCUAUGCACAUCUCAAAGUUGUAGCACAGAAUCUUCCAGCGCUGGAGGUUUGAAUCUGCUUGAAGCUUCAGGAGGAAGUUUGAUGUCACAGAAUGUGAAAAAACAGCCAGACACAAGUCAGUCUUUGGCGAAGUUGAAAGGUUAUGUUGCGAUGUCAAGUGACACUGACAUGAGUACCUCAGAUAAAUUGCAUCCCUCAACAAACCCUACUGAGCAAAGAAAAGUGUAUGCGACCUUCACGGCAUCCCCUGAUGAUGAAGAACCAGUCAAUUUAGACGGUGUAGGACAGUCACUGCAGUCAGAGUUUGGGAAUACCAAUGAAGGCACCUUCACAAGGGCUGAAUCAUCGGAUGAGAAAGAAACCAAAGAGGCUAAGGCAAGCUUUUCACUUCAGCGGGAAUCAUCUUCUAGGAAGAGGAGCAAGGAGCAGCAGGAAGGUUUCACGGGUGGCCUGAAAAUCCCCAAAAGAAGCCCUCUACCAGUUAGCAACCAGGAAGCCACUUGGUCUGACACUAACAACAACAACAAUAACACCAAAGUCCUUUGCAACCCUAGCACAGAUGGUAUUACAUCACCGGUUGAGGAAGGGCAGGAAGUCUCAAUAAAACAAGAGGGGGGGUCUCAAAUCAACAAUCCCAGAAGAAAACAUGUUUGCCAGUCUGAGGCCAUUUGCAGCGCCAUUGACCUGAGAAUCUCAGAAGUGGUGAAAGAACACUUAAAGCUGUUGUUGACUAGCAGUGACAGAAGCAACUGGAGUCAGAGCCUGGGAGCUGGAAUCGCACAAAACCCGCAACAAGGAGUGGUCAGCAACAUGCUGAGGCCGACUGAGGCCAAUCAAAAGGCCGACCAUGCUAGGAGAUGUUCCGGUGCUACAUCAACCAAUCUUGAUAAAGAAUCAACUGGUCAUGAAAUCUCCGGCAGCCGCAUCUUCCGAACAACAAAGAAUGAUGCAGAGACCAAUGACGCAAGUCAACGAAACGAAAUAAAUCAGCUCUAUACUGAGGUGACUUAUUGUCCAAAAGGAGUAGGCUGCGCUGAGACUGUGUAUUCCAGGGCCACAAAAUUAUUUUCUGAUGACUUCCCUUUCACACCACACAGAGAAACCACUAUAGGUAUGGAACCGUAUGUCAGAGAGCGGGAUCAGCGCAGCGGUCCACACUCGAAUAGUAAUGCUGAGACUGUUGUGGUCAAUAUGAAUUCCAACAACAAAUGUGAAGAAGUCUCAGGGUGCAAGCUUGAAGACCGCAAAGGUGCUUGUGUUGCGAAAAGUGAUAACAAGGCGUCGACCAACCGAUCUGAAGAGCACGUCCCAGAGAGCUUUGCAGUGUUAGGAGAUAAAAAGAUUAUCAAAACUUCAAGUAGUUGUGGAUCUGAAUGUCAUUCACCAGGUAUGCUUAAAAAGGGCAAGUCCAAAAGGUUCAGGAGGUCCAAGAUACAACCUCAUUCAUCCUGUGAGUCUUCGAGUACAUCAUCAGAUGAAAACCAUGACCAAACCGCUACACAGCUAAAUCUCCAACCUAAGAGGCAUUUAAAUGCAAAUAAUUCCCUGGUGAAAUCUCAAAUGGAGAUAGUAAAGGGUGCUGCAUUUGUCCGAAAAAGACUCUCAUUACCUCCACAAGCAAUGCCACGAAGAACGAAUGUAGAAAAAGCAACAAAUGACGCCCUCAUGCAUUUCGCAUCGAGUGACAUCAACCCAUUCACCCGUCAGUGGCAAGAUGGUGUGCAAAGCCAACAGUGCUGCAAGAACCCCGCCUUUGGGAGUGCCGCCGACCUAUCCCGUAAAUCCCCGCUUUUAACCAGCAGCGAAAAACGCAUAACGAGGUGCUGUAGCGUUGAUAAUGGUUUAAACGGGCAGAACUCUCCCUUCAUUUCCCAUUUGAGCACCUAUGCCACCAACAAGGGGCUCUCCAGUACAUUGAGCAGCAUUGAGGACUACAAAAACCAAACCAACAAAACCUUGCACUUGACGGCCUGUCCUCGAACAUCUCAAAUAACAGCCAACGCCACUUCGUCCAGUGACCAUGUACUAAGUCGUUUUGCUACCAACUCCGCAUCUGAUCCAGAAUCAAACCAAAGAAUGGCCAAGGAGCAAGCCACUCAGACUGGGCUGGUCCUACCACUCACUCUGUCGGAUCGAGCUCCACGAAGGAAGGGCCGUCACAAAAGAAGCCACACAGAUGUACCGAAAACCAAAGUGGGAAUGAACGAGUCCCCAACAUGGACGAGUAUGGAAAGCAUGUCAGUCCACCUCUCUAAACUGAUCCACAGCACUUCCGACCUGCUUGGGAACAUCCAGGGUAUGAGAACAGGUCGCAUCAGUAGGUUGAAUCCACAAAGAAGAGCAGACCUCUCAAAUACCAGCCACAGUGGGACUGAAGACCAUGCCAAAAGAGACUGCUCCACUCAAACGGUUGUGGAUGUUGGGAUACAGACAGAAAUACCUUUGACACCAACAAACAUGGAGAGUCAGCAGAGGUCCAAAAGUCAUGAGUUAAACGUGACGUUGAGAGUGAUAGGAGCUGAGGUGAUGAAAACUGAGACUGAUGAUAAGAAGCUAACUGCGCCAGACCCUUGGCCACAAAGGUCUAUCUUCCAAUCUGGGAACACUUCACCGAAAACACCUGUUGGAUGUCGGAACCUGGUAAGAUCUGCUCCUUCUAGAGGUACAAAGAAAUGCAUGCGUGCCGAGACGCCAGUCCACCAUAUUGAAAACAGAUGUAGACCCAACGGAUCCCAUGAAAUCCCCAAGAACUCUAAUUCGCAUAAAGAAACUACCUUCACAGAUCGGGCAUCAUCCCCAAUUCUCACCGUGGUGGUAUGCCAGCAGGUCAAGCAAAGAGAAAAGAAUGGUCAUAAGAAUCAGGUCUCAGAUGAGCUGUCGUCUGAUUCAGUAGAGCCAAAACUCGACUGUGCCCUUUGCUCCGGAAUAUCAGAAUCAUUGGAGAAGGUCAGCGAAAUGAAUAGUGCAAGCCUUAAAGACUCUGAAGAAUGCUCUCCAAGCCUUUGCUCAUCACUGGAGAGGAGGAAAAUUCAUCAUGAAGACGAAGGGAACUCCCAUCCUCAAGUGAAAUGGUACUCGGAGGGUCCUCACUGCAUCACAUCUGUGUUUUCUUUGCCGAACGACCUCUCUGUCAGCGCUCAUGUCAGCCAGUGUAAUAGCAAAGCCAGUAAAACCCGGCAAAGAUCUGAAGUUUUGCCCUUUUUCGAUGGCGCUAGUGCUCGUUCUCCAAUCGGUGAAAGAACGGAUGACGUGGCAUCACUGACGCCGAGUGAGUCCAGCACCGACAUUCUGCUGAAUACCAAACCUGUCACGUGCGUCUCUGUCUGUCAGGAGAAAGUGCCGGAGGACCUUCCCAUGCACAACAAGUUCAACAACUGGUCAGGCAUCAGCCAUCAGCGAUCAAGGUGCUCUAGUUACACCUCUAACGCUGUAGCACAGGCUGACUUGCGGUGGAGGGAGAUUGAGAGACUGCGGCAGGAAAGAGAGCAGGUGAUGGCGUCUGUCAACCUCAGCACCAGCGGCACGCCUCUGACAGUGGAGCUCGCCGAGGCCAAGCUGCAUUACAGCCUCGGAGAGACGGAUACGCUGCUCAAGAUGCUGUCAGCGCGGUCCACGGACGAGCCGGAACAUGUGAUGUUCACCCCCAGCAAACAACAACACCGCAGCAAUCUCAGACAUCGUUUAAGCGCUGAAGGGUUGUGGGAAAGGAAGGAAGAUCGCCUUCUGGUGAACCGUCGAGCUCGCAGUCUGAGCCCCGGCAAACAUCACCACUCGUCACCUCAAGAAGAAGUCCAGCAGAAGGACUGUCUGCAACAGCUGAAGCCAGAGGUCACCAGGUACGACACAAAACGAGGCCCAGCGAGAGGCGAGGGCCCAUACCCGUCGGACAUCGAGCAGCUGCUGCGCGAUUACGGCCGUGCCCGAGAGGAAGCCAUGACGGAGAUUGCAAAGGCGCGGGAACGACUACGCGAGAGGACCGAGCAGGAGAAGAGGAGGCUUCAGCAGCAGGCUUUAUCACCUGAGAUGAAGGAGGACCCCAGGCAUCGGACCAGGAUCAGCAACAGCACCUUGUGCACCGGAUCAAGUCUCAGCUUGUCGUCUGGACCCACAUCAGGCUACAGCAGCGGCAACACUCUGCAGCUGCAGCAUGGCCACGCAUUGGGUCCUUCUGGGCAGUGCACCGGGUUCCUGGGGGAAGGUCCGAAGGUGGGUGCACGGCCUCCAACGUGUGAUCCUCAGCGCUUCAUGAUACAGCGGACCUCCAUUUCUGCUCAGGAUGUCCACCUUGAGCUUCCAGCCUCCACGCUGGAGCCCCUGAUGAUGCCUCCAUCUUGCACUCGACGACCGGCCGCCUCCUUUGGCUCCUCCUCCCCAUCCACGGCCUAUCAGGACAUCACAUCCAGCUUGCUUGGCCGUGCUCUGGCUGAGGUGCGACUCGCGGCUUCGGGUGAUUUGAGCAACCUUGCCAAGGGGAAGGCUUCCGCAGGCUGGAGACACCAGGGAGAGGAGCGAGGCAUCCAGGCCUACUACAGACCCUCCUCCAGGCCCUCAGUCCACGCAUUCUUGGCUGCCGGUGAGCUGGACGCACCCCUGGAGCGGCUGUGGAAUGUGGUCUGCCAGCCAUCCAAGAGUCAGGCAUACCACCCGUCUGUGCGCGCCGCAUGGACUCGGCCACUAGAUGACAGCACUCAACUGGUCUACAUUCUAACAGACCCGUCCAGCUACCACCUCAACCAGCCACGAGAUUUCUGCUGCAUCAGCACCGAGUGCAAACAGGGCGACAUGCACGUGCUGGCCGUGCAGUCCGUGUUUGACGAGUCCCUGCCGCGUCCCGGCGUGGAGGCCAUCCGGGGCGAGAUGAUGCCCAGCUGCUGGCUGCUGCAGCCAAUCAGACGCAGUGGCCGUGAGGUCACGCGGGCGGUCUGCCUCCUGCACGUUGACCUGGGAACGCCGUCGUUCCCGCCACAGCUCCUGAGCGCGGUUGCUAGGAGGCAAGCGGCCGUCAUCGCCGCCCUCGUCGGCUUUGCGGACACGUGAAGAGACGUCAGCAGUGAGCACUUAAGACCAUGGAGACACUUUUUUUAUUUACUUGACUUUUUUUUUUUAACAAGGUGAAAGCAGCUUCUUCUUUUUUUUUUUUACAUAUGAAGGUUGACAACGAUUGUAUUCAACAAUCUUAAUGCUAGUUUACCAAAGGACUUGUUUGUAGCCAGGCAGAAAAGCUGUAAGAUAACUUUAUUAUCAUUAUUAACGACAAUAAUGUCACUUUGUAUCUGUCAUUUGAGUAAUAGUACAAAUAGUUUUCAUGACAUGGACGUUAAAAUACAGUGGAGCCUCUGGAUCUGCUCUGGAAAUAGAAAUAAUCUGUUCCAGGGUCAAACUGUCCCCAUAGCAAAACCUUUAUUAACUGUACAUGUGGUGUUUUUAGUGCAAGGGUGUCUAAAGUGCGGCAUGGCGGUCAUAAGGGGCUAAAAAAAAACCAACAGCAAAAAUUGGAAAAAAUAGCAGCAAUUUUACAAGAAUAAAGUCAAAAUAUUAUGUGAAAAAGUCGUAGUUUUAUGAGAAUGUCACAGUAUAAUGAGGAAAAAUAUAACAUUGAAAUAUUAAAAUAUUAAAGAAAAAAGAUGUUAUUUUUUAAGUUAUGAGGAACAAGCAACAAUAAAUAUAUCUAAGUGGCCCUUUCAUUUUUCAGUAUUUGGCCCUCGCUGGAAAACGUUGGCACGCCCCGUUGUAGUGACUUUUAAACAUUCCUAACUGUCAGACCGCCUAAACGUAACCCUUACCUAAAAAGACAUAUUUUGCCCGAAAUUCCAGGGUUCCACUGUAUGUCACAGCAAAGCUAAUUUGCUAAUUUGACCGCACACAAACACAACUGUAAGUGUAUUCCUACGGUUUGUAAGUAGCAAGAAGUAGCUGUGUAGUAGCGUAGCCGCAAGGACAUGUUUGUCUGUAUGAUACUGAAAACAGAAAGUACCGUAAAUCCCCACUGAUGUUGUGCCUUAACCCUAAAUACAACCUUUACAUAUCCUCACAUACACCAAACCUCAAUAAUAAAAAGGAAAAACAAAACAACACAAAGCUGUUAAGGUGCUAAGAUGCAAUAAAGAAUUAACUUCCACUUACUGUCAAAACUUUGGAGACACUUGCCUAUGCUGUGUAAUGAGAAGGCGUGUCUAAACUUUUGACUGGUAGUGUAUAUUGUGAAAUAUUAGUGACUACUGAAAUGUUAGCAGCCCAGGCACUGCACAGCUCUACGCUAUGAUGAUCAUGUUUGCUAAGAAAAUGCCUUCAACGACAAGCAACAGAAGAAAAACGCCUUCCAGUUCCAAUUCCCGUGUUUUGUGCCUCACACACUUACUGUACUGUACUGCAAAGUGUCUUAUUAGUAUUUUUGUGCCUACUUUAGGUGUGAUGUUUGCUGUCGCCCUCACAACCACUUGCACCAAGGCAUUCAAAAUGAUUUUUAAAAAUAUUUUAACCUAACUAUGCAAAAAUGGGUCCACUCAACCUGACAUGAAGUUCUCAUUGGAAAGCCAAAGAAAAUAUAAUGAAAAAAAUCACUAUUUUGUACCAUUUUCAUUAUUGUUGUAUAGCUAUAUAUUUUUUUAUUGUGUUGUGUUCAAGCCUUAUUUAUGUUUUUUUUUUCUUUUUACAUAUAAAUACAAUACAGGUGCAUCUCAAUAAAUGGGUACGUGCAUAAGUUAUUUGGUUUCAGGGGUUCAAUUCAGACUAAGAGACCAAAAGCAAGUUAUUCCAAUGCGUUUCCUCUCAAAUUUCACAGAUUCACUCCAUCAGUUCACAAACAUCCGUUAUGUAUUUAAAAAAUCAUCACUGUUUUGUGGUUGACGACAGCCAAUUAUUAGUUAAAAUGGGUAUAUUUAAGCACAUUUUACAUAUUUUUGGCCUAAAUUUAGGAUUUUCAAUUUAAAUGAAGUAAAAUCCAAAUAUAGACGCAUUCACUGUUAAUAUGUCGUGUUCUACUUUUAAUAUGUCGUAUUCUACUUGUUCACUAGGUGUCAGUAAUGUUACAUUGAUGAGAUAAUUGCCACCGCAGGAAGUGCUCCGUCACAAAUCAGAACCUGUUUUUUUAGGAACCUUGAGGGUUGGUAGAUUAAUCCAGUCCAGAUUAGAGAAGUCUAGGUACAGUGGUUUUCAAACUGGACUAGGUCUAAUGUGAUCUACAUGCUGAAAAACAGAGAAAUGUGUCUUUGUUACAUUUUCACAAAUAGAAUAAAUAAUCCACAAAUAAGAAACUGUAUUAUAAUUAAUGUUUAGCCUUUGUGGCAUAAUCUAACCCAAAUUUGAGAAGUUUAGUCACAGUGGUUUUUGAUCAGCACCCUGUCUAAUGUGGUCAAGAUGCUGAAAAAACAGUGAAAUGCGCCUUUAUUGCAUUUUCACAAGUACAAUAAAGGUUUCACAAAUACAGCCAGGCAAAGGUAAUGUCUUAGCUAAAUGUUUUCACAUCAAGUGUCACAAAAACAGACCAUCAGUGGACAAAUAGUUGCAGUGCAUAUUAUUAUUGGAGGCUGACAAAUCGGAAGCUAACUUGAGCGUCGCGUGUUAAUGUCACUCUCCCAAUUCUAACACGUAUGAGUCUAUAUUAUGUCUUAUUUCUGUCUUACAUGUCUUUUUUUCUCUUAUGUCUACUAUAUCAGGUCGUAGGAGUGUAAAAGUGAUUUAUAGGGGUGUUAUUUCAUGCCUAGAGGGCUCUAAUAAUGUUAAAAAAUAUAUAUAUUUGCAAGGUGGUAAAUAGGUUUUCUAUGACCAACUACAAAAAUAUUCAAUUUAUAAAUAAGGAAUCCUAUUUGUUGAAAAGGACUAAUCACAGUCGACUGGAACCGAUUACCAUCAGAACUAUUGAGAACUCCAUCCUUGACAUGCAGUAAGUCACUGUGUGUGCAGUGACUUUUUUUUGUUGAACUGCUGACAUAAAUGAACUUUUCAAAGGUAUUCUAUUUUAUUGAGACGCACCUGCAUGUACUCUUUAAACAUCAAGCUUUGCUGUUUUCUACUAAGUUGUGGCCAUGUU